AUGAAUGGAAGCCUCGAGCUAUUUGGGCAGCCAGGCCAACCAGGUUUAAACAUCUCAUUUCCUCCAUCUGGAUCCACCCAGUACAUGAGACUAGAGUCAGAUGGUCACCUGAGGCUCUAUGGACUGUCUGAUGUAGAAGUACCCAUUGUAUUCUCUGACGCAAUGAACAUAAAUGAUUGUGCUUAUCCAACAGUCUGCGGGGAGUACGGCAUAUGCACUGCCGGCCAAUGUGCUUGUCCACUUCAGAAUAACUCUAAUUCAGGCUACUUCAGCCCAGUGAAUGAACGAAGGCCAAACCUUGGUUGCUCACCAGCAACUCCAAUCUCUUGUGAACAAAUGCACCGCCAUCAGCUGUUGACACUUACUGACAUAUCUUACUUCGAUAAAAGCUAUUAUGUUGAUGCUAUGCACACAGGUCUGAAUUUAAAUGCAAUGAACAUAGAUGACUGUAAGAAAGCCUGCUUGAAGAACUGUUCCUGCAUGGCCGUUGUUUCUAGAGCUGGAGAAUGUGUGUGGGUGACGAAGGUCUUCUCCUUGCAAGCGAUACAACCUGAAAAUGGUGGUUAUAACUCCACUGUCUACCUCAAGGUGCAGCUCAAUCCGUCCAACAGAAACAAAAAGAAGGUCAUUGUAGGUGCUACACUUGGAGCUGUUACUACUCUUGCAUUACUUGUCAUUGUUGUCAUCCUUUAUCUUCAAAAGAGGCGGAAGUAUGAAGAGAAAGGUGAAGAAUUUGAUUUUAAUCAAUUACCUGGAAUGCCAAUGAGGUUUUCUUUUCAGAAGUUGAGAGAAUGCACUGAAGGAUUCGUCACCAAGCUUGGAGAAGGUGGAUUUGGGUCGGUUUUUGAAGGAAAAUUAGGUGAAGACAGAGUUGCAGUGAAACGUUUGGAAGGUGCUAGACAAGGAAAGAAAGAAUUCUUCGCAGAGGUCGAGACUAUUGGCAGCAUUGAACAUAUCAAUCUUGUCAGGCUGGUUGGCUUUUGUGUUGAGAAGUCUGAGAGGCUUUUGGUAUAUGAAUACAUGUCAAGAGGGUCACUUGACAGGUGGAUUUAUUACCACCAUAAUACUGCCCCUCUUGAUUGGUGCACCCGCUGUCAGAUCAUUCUGGAUAUUGCCAAGGGCCUGUGCUAUCUUCAUGAGGAGUGUAGGCGCAAAAUUGCUCACUUGGAUAUAAAACCGCAAAAUAUUCUACUGGAUGACAACUUUAAUGCCAAAGUGGCUGAUUUUGGACUAUGCAAGCUAAUAGAUAGGGACCAAAGCAAGGUAAUGACUAGAAUGAGAGGAACACCUGGGUAUUUGGUGCCUGAAUGGUUGACGUCUCGGAUCACUGAAAAAGUUGAUGUCUACAGCUUUGGAGUUGUCAUCAUGGAAAUAAUAAGUGGAAGAAGAAAUAUUGACAACUCUCAUCCCAAGGAGAAUGUUCCGCUCAUAAAUCUAUUACGAGAAAAAUCUCAAGAAAACCGGUUGAUUGAUCUGAUUGACAAGAAUAGUGAUGAUAUGGCCUCACGCCAGCAGGAAGUAACUCAGAUGAUGAAGCUCGCAAUAUGGUGCCUGCAACAUGACAACAUUCAAAGACCUUCAAUGUCAACUGUGAUCAAGCUUAGGUCUUAUGAGAACAUCAAACCUUACUCACAGAGUCACACAACCCCUCCUACUGCUACCAAUAUGGACAGAAGGGGCUGUUUUCUCAAGACCAUUAGGGUCAUAAUAAUGAAGGUGAUCCAAUAA